AUGCUGAAGCAGAACAACAGACGGCAGAGCCUCUUUCCCAACUACAAGCUGGGGGGUCCUACUAUCACCACCAACGAGCCUGACGAGGACCUGGCCUUUGGACAGAACCACUGGCUGAAGCCAUGGAACAGCAUGCAGGAGCUGAGCAAGGAUAUCUACGACAUCUACGCCGAGUACGAGGAUGAGGAAGAGGAUGGUGUCCUGGCCUCUCCUAGAAUGCCCUCCUCCCCCUCCAAGAACUACAUGCUGAACAUCAACGUGGGAGGGAAGGUCUACCAGAUUUCCUACAGUUCGGCCGCCAAGUACCCCAAGACCCGGAUUGGCCGGCUGGCCACCUACACGGACCACAACAGGAAGCUGGACCUGUGUGACGACUAUGCGGUCCAAAAGAACGAGUUCUUCUUCGACAGAGACCCGGAUAUCUUCCACAACAUCUUCAACUUCUACAGGACAGGGGUGCUCUGGAUCAAAGACGAGUUGUGUCCCCGUCACUUCCUGGAGGAGAUCAACUACUGGGGCGUGAGGAUCAAGAACACCCACCGCUGCUGUCGGAUCUCCUUCGAGGAACGUCAGGACGAGCUCAACGAGCAGCUGAAGAUCCAGAGGCAGCUGGAGGCCGAGGUGGAGCUGGAGGAGAACGAGGAGCUGUUCCUGGGCCGGGCGCUGGGCGGCGCCCGCCGCCUCCUGUGGAACCUGAUGGAGAAGCCCUUCUCCUCCGUCCCCGCCAAGCUCAUGGCGGUGGCCUCCAGCUUCUUCGUGCUGGCGUCGCUGGUCGCCAUGACGCUCAACACGGUGGAGGAGAUGCAGUACAGGACGGCGGCGGGCGCGCUGAGCGGGAGGACCCACGGGGAGGGCGUGGAGACCUUCUGCAUCGCCUUCUUCACCGUGGAGUACCUGCUCCGCCUGGCCUCCGCCCCCGACCUGCGGCGCUUCGGACGCAGCAUGCUCAACGCCGUGGACCUGAUCGCCAUCCUGCCGCUCCACCUGCAGACGCUGCUGGAGCUCUUUGAGCACCGGGAGGCGAGCAAGCACAGCGAGGUGGAGACGGUGGGCCGCGUGGGCAAGCUGGGCCAGGUGCUCAGGAUCGUGAGGCUCAUGAGGAUCUUCAGGAUCCUGAAGCUGGCCAGACACUCCACGGGACUGAGGGCCUUCGGAUUCACACUGAGACAGUGCUACCACCAGGUGGGAUGCCUGUUGCUGUUCAUCGCCAUGGGGAUCUUGACGUUCUCUGCCAUGGUGUACACGGUGGAGCACGACGUUCCCCACACCAACUUCACCUCCAUCCCCCAUGCAUGGUGGUGGGCCGCGGUCAGCAUCUCCACAGUGGGCUACGGUGACAUGGUCCCAGAGACACACCUGGGCCGGCUCUUCGCCUUCGCCUGCAUCUCCUUCGGCAUCAUCCUGAACGGCAUGCCCAUCUCCAUCCUCUACAACAAGUUCUCAGACUACUACACCAAGCUGAAGGCCAACGAGUACACAUCUGUGAUCAAGGCCCGGGGAAAGAUCCGCUUCGCUAGGAGGGCCGCACGCAGGCUGGCAGAAUGCCGCGAGGAACACCACCACUAA